AUGCCUACCACGCGUCGCAAGCUGAUCUCGAGGAGGCACCUGAGAAAGGCACGUUCGCGCGACUACUCGUGGCUCCCGGACGUAUUCCGCGUCAAAAAUAGCAUCAUAGGACGCGUGUUCGGACCCGUCCUGACGGUGACGAUCUUCGCGACUCUGGUCGCCUAUGCAAAGUCCAAGGGGAAAGCGGUGACACUGACCAACUCGGUCACCCCAUUGCUCGCUGUCGUGGUGGGUCUUAUCCUGGUAUUCAGGAACGGUACGUCGUACGAUCGGUAUUACGAAGGCCGCAAAUCCUUCGGCGCAUUGACCGCCCAGGUACGCAACUUGUCCCGCAUGAUAUGGGUCAACGUCGCCCUCCCGCCCACAGACGACGCGCCUCCUAAUACCAAGGGCAAGACGCCCACCACGACCGUGACCGCCGCCCAGCUGCACCGCACCAAGGCCGACGCGCUCAAGCUCUGCCUCGCGUUCUCGUUCGCCGUCAAGCACUACCUCCGCGAGGAGGAUGGGCUCGACUGGGAUGACUACGCCGGCGUCAUUCCCGACUCGUUCUACAAGGCGCACGGCAUGGGCCCCCGGCGGUCGCGGAAGAGCUCUGCCGCGGCGUCGUACAACGCCGUCACGGAUGCCGCGCUCACCACGAGCCCGGAGACCUCCCGCACGGCGAGUCCGGAUAAGCAUCUGACUUCUGAUAGUGUGGGUCAGACGCUGACGGCGACGAAGAGGGUGAGGGUGAAGAGGAGCGUGGACAAGUUGCCUGGGUCGAGGACGCCGCUGAUGAGCUCUGAGCAUCGCACCAUCAACUUCAACCCGUACACGGAGGCCACCAUUCCCUUGCCACUCAUCUUGGCUCACGAAAUAUCGAGGAUGUUGUUUGGGUUCCGUAAAAAUGGUUUCUUGGAAACCGUUGGGCCUGCAGGCAAGCUGAUCGGUGCGAAUGCGAUGAAUCAAAUCGUGCACGGUAUGGUGGAACAAAUGACCAACCUGGAGCGGAUCGCGAAUACCCCUAUACCAAAGUCUUAUAGCAUCCACCUGAAGCAAUGCGUCUCGCUGUACCUGUUUGCCUUGCCGUUCACCCUCAUCAAGGAGCUGGGCUGGGCGAUGAUACCCGUGGUCACGGUGGUCGCGUUCACAUUCAUGGGUAUCGAGGGCAUAGCAGACGAGAUUGAGAUGCCCUUCGGACUCGACGAUGCUGACUUGCCACUAGAUCGCUAUUGCUCUGACCUCAAGGAAGAAGUCGACUACAUGAUCGAGAGACUGCCUGAAGGUGGUCGAGGCGGUUAUGGCUAUGAUGACGGUGAGGGAGAUGACUGA